UUCCGGGUUUGAAAUUACGAGGUGUGCACGCGCCUAAACGCACAACGUCCCCUUCCCACAUUUAUCUUUUUUACUUUUAAAACGGGCUUGUAAUAACAAUGUCCGAUAUAGACUCUGACGAGUUUGACGAGGAACGCAAUAAACUCGGGGAGUACGAAGGGGACAGAAAUGAAGCUGGAGAGAGACAUGGGAUGGGUAAAGCGGUACUGCCUAAAGGAGAUGUUUAUCAAGGACGAUAUGAACGUGGUAAAAGACAUGGCAAGGGCACGUACCGCUUUGUGAAUGGGGCGAGAUAUGUGGGCGACUACCACCAGAACAUGAAACAUGGACAAGGCAUCUUCUACUACCCGGAUGGAUCCAAAUAUGAAGGCUCUUGGGCCGAGGACUUGAGACAGGGACAUGGUGUUUACAUGUACUCCAACGGGGACACGUAUGUUGGCGAGUGGCUCAAUCACAUGAGGCACGGCGAGGGCACCUAUCGCUACCAUGAUACCGGCUCGGUGUACACUGGAACGUGGGAGAAUGGCAAGAUUGAGUCUGUCGGAGAGUUCAUCCAUGCCAAUCACAGAUACAGCAGUAACUUUGUCAACAAUAAUCCAUCUGGUCCAGGGAAAUAUGUGUUUGACAUUGGCUGCGAGCAGCAUGGUGAAUACCACCAGAUAGAGCAGGACAGGGCCGAAGGCGAGUGGGGCGAGCCGGGCUCCACUACGCUUCUCAAGUGGUUUCCAAAAUGGAUCACAGGCCUUACGUCGCAGGAGGCCGAGGGCGAAGCCGAGGCUUCAUCCGAGGUUUCGCCCGAUGCUUCAACCGAAGCGUAGCCAACGACCAACCUCCAACCUACCAAACACUGUACGGUAGAAAUUGAACAAACAUACCUGAUAUGAACUACAUUACACACGUUCAAAUCCUUUCAGGUCAUGGGGAGAAUAUGCCCUUUAGCUUUGAAUUGUACCUGUUACAUUUAUACAGAAAUAUCAAAGUUUUAUCAUAUAAUAUAAACUUUUUUUUCAGCCCUUACCUGAGUUUGUCAACUUUAUCCCACUCCAACCAGUGUCAACAUUGCAUUUGUCCGAGAAAUAAAUGUCUGCUCCUUUCUUCA